AUGGAUAUUUGUAAUAAUAACAAUAACAAUAAUAAUAGUAAUAAUAAUGAUAGUUUAAAUGGAUUAAAGUUGUUAGAGGAUAACAGUAACAGAUUAUUAACGAUUAUACUAAACUCACAAGUUGGGGUUUCCGAAAUAACUCUAAAGAGAAAAGUAACAGAAUUAUCAGAAAGAACUGAAAAGUUAAAAAAAUUACAACUUGAAAGAAGCAAUUUAAUAAACCAAAUUCAAAUUGAAUCAAAUAGGUUAAAAUAUUUAGAAUCAUUGGAGUCAAAUAGAUUAAUUGGUGAUAGUGAAGACAAAAAGAAACAAAAGGAAGAAACAAAUGAAAAAAAAGAAGAGCAAGAUAUUGAAAAUGAACUUUUAGAAUCAAUUUGCAAUCUUAAAGAAAAGUUAUUUAGUUUAUCAACAUCAAGAACUGAACAACAAAGCCUAUUUAACAGGAUUUAUCAAAGCAAAUUAAUCGAGCAUUUAUUAUCAAGCACGACUGAAUCGAAUAAUAGUAGUAAAAUAUUAAAAUUAUCAAAAAUUAGGGAUGAAGGAGUUGAAAUAUGUUUGAAAUUAAUAAGCCAAAUAGAGUUAAACAAUGAUGAAAUUCUAAAGAUUAGAAAGAAAAGAAUUGAGGAAAUGAAAUUAAAUAGAGAAACCUACAAUAACCUAAAGAUGAAACUAGAGGAGUCUAAAUCUAAAACCGAAAGAGAACAAAAAAACUAUAGCGUUUUAAAGGAUAAAACAAGUUUAUUGGGUUUCAUCAUUCAAAAUUUAGUCUAUGAGUCUGGUAUAGAUUGGGUCAAAGAUGAUGAAAUAACAUAUUUUUUCGAUACAAUUGAUAAUUUCGGUGAUGAUAUCGAAUUGGACGAAAAUGAAAACGAAAAUCAAAAUGAUCAAGAUAAUAACAAUACUACCCCAAGGACAACAACCUCUUAA